CCCGCGGGAAGCGGAAGCGGCGCUCGGACUGCUGUGAGUUUUGGAGAUCAGCCAUGGGUGUUAGAGGCUUGCAGGGAUUUGUGGCAAGAGUUUGCCCUGAUGCAUGCCAAACGGUAGAUCUGAGAGAAAUGGCAGAAAAGCAUCGCAUUGAUCAUCCUGAUUGCCCGCCUGUUAUCGUGGUAGAUGCCAUGAGUUGCGUUAGACGCUGGUACACACCAGAAUCCUGGGUGUGCGGUGGCCAGUGGCGGGAGUACCUUGCCAUUUUAGAGGAUUUUAUCAAUGCUUUUAUGGCAGCUGGCAUCAAGUUGGUGUUUUACUUCGACGGGGUGGUAGAAGAGAAAAAGAGAGAUGAGUGGAUCAAACGGAGGAUGAAGAAUACUGAGGAAAUAACCAGAUUAUUUCAGUUUAUCAAGACUCACAGGAAACAGCCAGGGAGAGAAAUGUUUGUUCUUCCUUCAGCUCUGCCUACUUUUACACGUUAUGCCCUGAAAUCACUCGGUCAAAAAACAGUCUGCACGUUGCAAGAGGCAGACUUUGAGGUGGCUGCAUAUGGUUUGCAGCACAACUGUAUAGGAAUUCUGGGGCAAGAUAGUGACUACCUCAUCUAUGACACAUGUCCCUACUUUUCCAUUGAGAACCUCCGUUUGGACAGACUGGUCACUGUUAUGUACUCUCGAGAAGUCCUUUGCCGUGUGCUGGGUAUUAGUUUGACACACCUUCCUCUCUUUGCGUGCUUGCUUGGUAAUGAUGUUGUUCCAGAAAGCAUGUUGGAAGGCUUUUGGCACAAAUGUUUAACCAACACUCCCCGCAGGAAUAACAGCUACAACAGAAGAACAAACAUACUGCUGUCUGUGGCAAAUUACAUCUCAAAAAUUCCAUGCUCGUACAGCAGUCUGAAACACUUGGAAGAGAUUCUACCUCUGGGAUCAGACAAGACGUUGCUUUGCAGAGGAGUGAGCUCCUAUCUUUUGCCUGGCCAGCAGUCUCCAUGGGUUCCUCCCAAUGAAACAAAUUGUCAAGUGUUAUCCCUUCAACAACAAUCAGCUCUCUGUCAAGAUAAAGAAAUCUUUCAGUUAGCUAAAGAACAGCAUAUCCAAUCUGAAAACUAUUCAAUCUUCAAUAUCCUGAGUCAUGGAGAGAUUGAGUGCAGCAACUCCUUGGAAGAUGACUAUGAUACAGAGAUUCCUGGACAGGCACUUAUCUACCGCCCUGCUCGCCAGCAUAUUUAUUCUAUCUUGUUGCAAUCUGGAAAAGGUGGAACCUAUCCUUUGGUAAAAGAGUGGUUUGUCUAUUUUGGAAAUCCUCUCAAGCAGCCGGACCUGAUACAACCUGUACAACCUUCUGUUACAGGUGGAACACCUAAUUUGAAAACACUGUGGCUUGCCAAGGGGCCUGACGUGGAGAAGCAACGGUAUAGUACAUUUCUGGCAUGCUUUCACCUUCAAGAUGAGAUGGAAGAACUCCAAGCUCUGGAAGCACCUGUUGCAGGAUUCUGCUGCUUGCUGGCCUAUCUUAUGAUGCAGGUCAGUAGCCUCUCUCUGGAGGACUUAAAUGCAUUUCUGGCACUCAUUCUCUGCCUCAAAGGGAAAUCAGCAGCUCAACUGACAGGCCUGCAGCUUGCACAGGUAGACUCCAGGGCUGUACAUCUGGGGGCUGUCCUCAUCCGUGGCCUUACGACUUUGCUCAUGGCCAACAGUGCCUGUGGCUUUCCAUUCAGGAUGGAUGAUCUGAUGCCUUGGGCAGUGUUUGAUGGAAAACUUUUUCAAGAAAAAUACCAGAAGGCACACCAAGGUUGCUCUGUAGAAGAACUUUUGGAAGGCAAUGAGUCUUUGUACACACCCUUCCAGAAUUUGAAGUCUCUCAUUUGCAAGGUUUGCAUGGCAAAGAACAGAACAAUACAGAGCAGACCAAGAGGGAAUGGAUUUAAUACAGGAAGAGAACAAAGAGAUUUUAAUCCCAGGUUCCAACAGCCACACAGAAGUCAUUUUGUCUCUCCAUAUCAUAACCAGAUGAGGGGGUUCACACAAAGACAUCUGCAAUCCCAAGGAAUAUCCACUAUUAUAUUCCCAGCAAUCAUCAAUGCCUUGCUGAUAAACUGGAAAUCCUCACCUUCUUCUAUCCUCACCUCUCAAAUGACCCAUGAAAGAGUCUUGGAGAUCAAAGAAAUCCUCUUCCAUCCUUAUUCUUCGGACAGAGAAACUGAUGGGAUUUAGCACCCAUGUGGGAAUAUGAGCAUUGAUUUCAAGAACAAAGAAGCCACGACCUUUUGUCUGCUGCUGUCAUUCCCUGCUUCACCAUUAAGGUAGUUUUCUUUUCUUUUUUUUUUUUUUUUUUCCCCUUAAUGGGAGGUAUUUUGAAAUAGACCCCUGUCAAUCAUGCCCUGAAAAAGAUGAGCCCAUCCCUGAGCAGAAGCCUUUUAAAAAGUUUAAAAAUACUGAAUGUCAAAACAUGUGGCAGUAAGGUUAACAUAGGACUGAAUACGAGUGAUGUGAAUUUAUUUAUUUCAAAUACAGGUUCUUUUUUAAUCACUAAGAAUGUCAAGUUUUAAAGGAGAAAUUAAAAAUCAAAGAAAACAAGACUUGUGUUCAGUGAAGAUCUUUCCAGCCUCCAAGAGUGGUCAAGAGAACUGUGUAAGAACAGGGCUAGCAAAGGGAGACAAUUCUCCCUAUGUAUCUUCCUGGUACCUGGCAUUCUGUGAUUUGAGAAUUUCUGAGUUCGUGUUGUAUCCAUAUCUUUGUGUUGAGUUGCACUCAUAGACCACCCUUAUCUAGCUUUGUUUCUUUGUGUUAUAAUUGAUACUAUAUGGGAAGGGAUAACAUUCUCCGUUUGUUUUGACCUUGCUGUCUCAUUGUUUCAGGUGAAGCCCAUUAAUAUUCUUACUGAGAAGUGGUGAAAAGCUUUUCCCUUGUUGCCCAUGCCUGUCACGACGUUACACAGCGCUGCUGUUGCUCACUUAGAGUCUGUGUGCUCAGUCUCCCCUUUCUCGAAAACCACCUGUGCUUUUAAGCAUCUUCGUGCAGUUCUUCACCCAGCUCCGCUGCGGCUGUGCCGGUCUGUGCCCUCCUCCUGCGGAACGUGCCGGGCUUGCCUGAGCCACGAGCAGUCCCUGGCAAUGCGGAGGGAGCAGGCAGCUCCUCCCGGCCCCUCCCGCAGCAGCGAGUGCCAAACCCCUGAGCCUCCGCCGUGCCAGGUGGAAGCACGCAAGGACAAAGUUGUGUAAUGCUGCGCCACGGGGACAGCUGGCCAGGAAAGCCAGCGCACGUCGCCUGAGGCUGGGCAUAAACCCCUGCCUUCCUCUUGUCGGGAAGGAGUGCAGCUGUGAGUUCAGGGGCCCGGGGCAGAGCCCGUGCCAGCUGUGAGUUCAGGAGCCCCGUGCCAGCUGUGUGCCAGCUGUGUGCCAGCUGCGUGCCCGGAGCCGGGCGUGCUGCCGCCUGCGAGCGCCCCAGCCCAAACCUCUCCUUGGAGCUGGCCCCAGGCUGUGCCACGCGUUUGGCCGCCAGUCCCUGUCCCACAGCCCCACCGCCCUGCCGUGCAGCAAUUAUUUCUUUCUCACCUGAGAGCCUCAAUGAAGUAAUUGCAUUCUAGCUGAUGGGAAUUUUUAAUUUUUUUUUAAGGAAGGUGAGUGCUCGUGGAUCAUCUCCCCAGCUAGGCAGGGGUACACUCAUCCUCUGUGGAGCAUUCAGCAUAUUGAAGAGUCAGAGUUGUGCUGGGCUUAGUUGAGAAUUGUGAUUGAGAGCACACAGCAGCUAUGUUCCCAGCCCAGUUUAUUUUUUUAUGGCUUCCAUCCCCAACAGAGGACAAUGGCUUCUGUUGCUCUUACAGUUCAUGAGAAGCUGGUGUUUGACAGUACACUCCCAACACUUCAGUUUUGUUUUUCUGUUUGGGUUUUAUUUUACUGUGUUAGGAUUUUAGCUUUUUGUUGUUGUUGUUUUGGUUUUUUUAAUUGCUUUCUCCCCUCCUCCACACUUCAUUCUUUUGGUAUAGGACUGCCACUCACCAGCUGUUCACAAUUCCUUCACCCCUUCUGUUUUCAGUACCACACUACCACGACAUAGACUCAAAGGACAUUUUAUUCCUUGCAGGAGGCUUUCCACACCCACUGAAUACAUUUAAUAAAAAUACUUUUCUUUGUCUUUCCUACCUUGGAGAAAAGUUAAUAUAUCUGUACGUCUCACAAAAUUCAUAUUGACCAAUCUAUCAUCCUCAAACUGCCUAAGUUUGAUUUCUUGAAUGGUUUUAGAUCCUAGAAUGACUUGUUUUUCUCUCUUCUUGAAAGAACAAGCUUAUCCACAGAGUGAAUACUCAGUAAGUGCUUUUCAACAAAAUUUUGCUUAUCACCUCAUAAAUCUGAUGUCUAACUCUCUGCUCUUUCCAUUUUGCUUUGUGUAAUAAGAUUUCUUUUCUAGGCUGAAACUUGCCCAAAAAUCAGCACAUUCACACAUAUCAGCAACUGGUACCCAAAAGAGGAAAACUGGGAUGACAUUGUGAAGCAAUCAGUUACAGCAGAGCUGUCUGCUGAAGGAAGAAGAGUAUCGCUGGGCAAUGUGCAGAGCAUGGUAACUCCCACUGUUGCUAAUGGGAGAAGAGGCUGCUGAACCCCUCUCAGGAAUGUAGUUUCAAUUUCUAAUUGAGUUGUUUUUUCACUUGUUAAAGAGCUCAUCUCUUAGGGCAGUGACUCUCCAAGACAAUAAUAGUGGCUGCGUGCAGCCACCAGGGAAUUCAUUGCAGCCACAAGGCAAAAACUUGCUCUGCUUUUUCUGUUGUUUUGAUUUUAGCUGUCAAAACUGUGGCCACCAUCAAUGUAUUGUGAUCACAUGUCACAGCUGCUUGUCUGAGAGUUGCUGGUUAGUCCCCUCUCUCUUUUAGGCUCUUGGAGCAGGAGUGCCCAAGGUGGAGUUUAUUGGACCACAUCAACUCAUCUGCAAAGCCAUUCUAACACACAUCAUGAGUGUUCUAUCCCACACUGGCAUUGUGCCUCUCAUGCUUGGAGAAGGAGCAUAGACAGAUUGCAGGGUGCUCUGUGGCUCCAGAGGAAGUGGGGACCCGUCGCACUGACAGCUCAUGUUUGCUCUCAGAGCAGGUAUCUGUCAGUUCACACUCGCAAGUGACCAGUCCCUUCUUCUGUCAAGGUUCCCUGUCCCUGGUUUGUGUGUUCCAGGUGCCUCCUUUGCCUCUGGAGCAACAUCACAGGCACCAAAACAACCCCAAAGCCUUUAUUUCUAAGGAAACAGCCAUGCCAGAAAGUGUGUAAAAAAAGACCCUAAUCCAAGAGUCUCUCACAGCAAGACCAACUCAGGCCUAAUGCCCAUCAAAAAAAGAUUCUACUGAUGAGAUGGCUUCUCUUUCACUGCUGAUGGACAAUGACAGAAUUAAACACAUCAUACAAACGUAUUUUCCAAAGGCAAAUCUGCACAAUUUCACAAAAAAGAUGCACAUUAUUUUUAUUAGUUUACUGCUUUCAUGUUUUUUUUUCCUUUGGUCCUUGGAGAAGCCAGUGCACAAGGAGAAUCAGGAGCGAGUUUCUGUCAUGGAAGCUGAAGGGCAACAUCUUCCCUGUUUUAUUGCACAAUACUGUUCUCUUACCAUAACUGUUCCACACAUUAAACAGUUCUCUCUAAAUGUUCAGUUUUCUAUUAAUUUUUUAUUAUUUACCAGCAUAACAUCAAACCCUCUGUUUUAACAGCCUCUAUGUAAAGCAUAUAGAAGCAUUAUAUGCUCUAUAGAAGCAUUUGCUUGUAUGGCUUAACAAAGGACUUGCAUGUGGUUCAAGACCUGCAAAAAUAGCCCCAAAGAGCAAAAGAAACUCAAGAACUUUGGCUUUAAGGAAAAACAUUGACUAUAGACAAAUAUUAAUAAUGUCCUGACAGUGAGAUAAGAAGAUAUUGAUUUGCUACUGGAUGAGAACUGCUUGCAAAAGGAAAACAGGGGACCUCUGAAAUUCCCAAGACAUGACCAAGCAGUCAGUUGGAAACACUUCUUACAAAAACUGCAGCCCAGGUGAAGUGAGGCAUCCAGGAAAGGCUGCAGCUGAGUUGAGUCAUCCUGAGCUGAGUCCUUCAUCCUUCCUGAUGAAGGAAAGUCAACAACAACCUGGGUAGGCCAGAAACAGCAGUGGGAAAUAGACUCUGCUUCUGUGUUUGGGGUUCUUUACAAGGGAGGCUGCAUGAGAUUCCCUGUAGAAGAGGUGAAGGCUCAGGACCAGUGAAGCUUGGAUAAGGAGAUGCCAAAGGCUGGUGUCUGAAUUAUUGUGUUUUAGGAGGAGAGUUUGAUCUUUCUGGCCUUGUGAACUCUUACGGUGUUUGUGCAGAUAGUCCAGGUGCAUGUGCAUGAUCUGUGUAGGACAUGAGCAGGGGGCUGGAUGUGCUCUCCCUGCACAAACCUGCAGUGCAGCAUGCAGGGUGUGUCUGUUGCUGCUUGAACCUCAGUUUGUCCUCUCCAUGAGUGCUGGGGAGUCUCCAGGGUAGAUGGGGUGAAGGUACCCAGGUCUGCAGCAUCUGCAGUGGCCAGUAGAGGUUACUGUCUUGCCUGUGGGUUAUGAAAUGCUCACAGUACACCUGAGCAAGGCUUCUGAGAGAGAGAGGUGCUGCAUUUGUGGCAGAUGUCCUAGUUUGCUGGUGAUGAAGGAGCAUGCUGCCAGCACCAGGCUGCUCUGCCUGUCUCCAGCUGCUGACAGAGCCCUUAUUCUGCUGCCUCUGGUUCCUCUCAGGUAGGUGGUGCAUGUCUGCAAAAUGCACAAGUGGCUUAAGUCCCUCCAAGUUUCACUUGCUCCUCCUUGAUGUGUAGAGGCUGAGUUCAAGAGAUCCAGGAAGUUACCUGUGGCCAGAUGGGACUUUGUGCCCAGACCCUCCUCAGGGACAAGGAAGGCAGCUCUUUCUUCUCCUUUACUCUCACAAGCAAAACAAAAAAAAACAGGGCUUACUCUUUUUUAAGGGUCAUGUCUGUUAAGACAGCCAGCCCAGUUGUGUCUGGAACUGUAAAUAAGGUUAAGGAAAUUCAGAACCUUCUAAGAUGAGGCAGCAGCUAAGCAUAUGUUUUAUUUUGGUGGGUUUGGGUUUUUUUUGUUUGGUUGGUUGGUUUUUAAAAUCAUUAACUUGUUUUUAUUUCUUUAAUAAAUGAGCCAGUUUUCUCUAAGUCAAAAUCUCUUUCAGUUCACAUCCCUCCUCCACCCCAAACAGAAGGUAAUAAAAUGAAGCUGGGUCAAAAUACUUUUGUGAUGCUUCCUAAAAUGCCAUUAAGAACCCAUGUCUUCUAUGGCAAGUCACUUUUAAGGCUGAGAUAUAUAUCUAUUUUGUGGGAUGCUGUGGGCUAGUAUUUAAUGGUGGAUGCAUCCCAGACCACAGAACUGCAACUUCAGAAUCUUCAACUAAGCAAGUCCACAUUUAUCCAGAACAGCUUCUGCUUUCAGCAGUGAAGGCAGCUUACAUACUGUGAAACUGCUGAAGGAAACCCAAAACCAGGAGGUUUUUUUUUCCCUACUAAUACUUCAGUUCAAAAAUGCACCAAGCCAACAGCAGCAUAAGGGCACUGAGCAGUAGCAUGUGAAUGCAAUAUAGAGCAUUCUCAGCUAUAACAUUAUCUCCUCUGUUUCAGAAAGGAUAAAGGUUUCUGGCAUUUAAAGCCCAAAUCUGAUUUUACUAGAUCUGUUUUGUCUUGAAUUCACUGUUUUGCACCUAUUUCUAGUACAUACAUGAUACGCUGAUUAGAAGACACAGCUGUGCUGGAGAAACCAAUGUGCAAAAUAACCGUGUAUGCUGCUAACACCAGGCACAAGAGAGAGGCACAGCAGUUUGCUUCUGAGCUUAUCCUAAAUCCUUUGCUCCCUUAGAAGUGCCAAGGGCUUGUGGUCAAAGCUGGGCUUCUUCCAGGUAAAGAGGGCACUGAGGUGUGGGGCCAGCUCUGCCAGUUCCCCAGGGUUCAUCUGCACUAGCAGAAGGGCUGCAACAAGCCUGCCCUUUCACAUGAGGGAGGGAGCUGGGGGUGCAGCCUCAGUGCUUGUCAAUCCAUAGCUGUGUGACAAUAUUUUAUGCUUCUCUGGCAGAUUUGAUAUGAUCAGCUUUGUUUUCAAGUACUGCUGUGGAGAUUUGUCAUCAAUUUCUCCAUCACAUCGUCACUCUGUCCUCCUCCCCUCCCUGCCCUCUGCCCCCUUAUUGGUACCCCUCCACCUUCCCCCUGCUCAAUCGCACUCAACAAGACAUUCUGAAUUUUCCAUAUCUAUUUUUUUUUUCUUUUCCCCCUCUUUUGUCUUCUGGUAACAGCGUUUGGCAUUUCCCGGACAGCCCGUACUCCAUAAGGCCUCAGUGUCUGAAUACGAGGACGGCUUGAACGUUGCCUGCUGAGACCGAAGAAGAACUUGAGUUAAAAUAAUCCUCUCUUUUGUUCCGCUUGGGUUGCUUUUUGUUUGC